GUCACCAACUUCCAUGCUUCUUUCUUUUCCCCUCUCCCACUCUCCAGAAAAUAAAUGAGACUUGGUCAAACUCUUCAAAUUCAGCAUUUUCAAGAGUCAAGACUCCUCCCGUCCCAAACCCACCCCAUAAGAAAAAGAAACACCCCAUAUUGAUAAUAUUAGCCAUUUAAAAGCCCUCCUCUCCUCCUCCCCACCGCCUCUUAGUAUUUGAUAGUUCUAAAGAAAGAAAGAAAGAACAAUCCCACCAUCCAUCUUUUCAUUUCCUUGGUCACCCUCAUAAUCAAGUAGUAUGAAGAAGCUGUAUAGAAGAGGAUCAGUUCAUCCAUCACCGCCUCUGAAACCAGACCAUUUAUCGUUUCUACCCCCGACCAUCUUGACUCUCACGGUGGCUCUAUCCCCUCAAGAUAGAGAGGUCUUGGCCUAUCUCAUUUCUUGCUCUUCCUCCUCCAACUUUUCCGGCAAUAACCGCAGGAGAAAUACCUCCAGUGCUACGGCCAACAGCUCUAAUAACUACAGUAACAACAGCAGCGGUGUUGACCAUCCGCCUUCGUUCGAUUGUUAUUGUUUUAGAUGCUACAUGAGCUACUGGGCGAGGUGGGAUUCGUCGCCGAAUCGCCAGCUUAUACACGAAAUCAUCGAUGCUUAUGAAGACGGGUUAUCCGCCCAAAGCAAGAAAGAGAAGAGUAGGAAGGACAGAAGGAAGGGUGGGAAAGGGUCGGCUGAGUUGAAACGGUCCGAGCCGACCCCUCCCAGUGACAAGGAGCUUACUGAGUCAUCGGAAAAUUCCCUGGAGGAUGAGAUUGUUGAUGCCAAGGGUAGUGGGGAGGCUGAUGAUGGUGGAGAGGAGAGGGAGGGGGUGGAGACGGAGAGGAGCUCUGUGAGGAGAUUUGUGAGUUUUCUUGGCGAAAAGAUUUGGGGUGGUUGGACUUAGAUUUAGUUUCCGAUGAUGGGAUGGGACGAGAACUACGAGAGGAUGUAAAAGGUUGGUUCAACUUCAACUACCCCUCCAAUCAGUCAUCUGUUUACAUAACUUCAACUGUCUGUUUUUCUGAUGGGCUGUUUCUUUACAUAUAUAUACACAUAAAUAUAUAUAUUUUCAGGUUUAGUUUAUCUCAACUUGCUUGUAAAUUUCAUCGCCUUUUAAUCACAUGUAAAAUAUAUAUGCAGAAGAAGAGGGUUUAUGUUUUUGGUUAUCUUCCUUUCUUGCUUGGCCGGUUAAGGUCAUCAAUGCAAUUUUCUUGGGAGCGACAGUUGCGUUUUA